AUGCGCUUCACCACCAUCGCCUCCCUCCUAGCCGCCAGCCUAAGCGCCACCACCACCGCCUCACCAAUCCUGCAACAAACACAACAACAACAACACGAAGCCCGCGCCGGCGCCCCGGCCUACGUCCCCAUCACGCCUCCCUGCAGCGUCUCGUACCCUCUCCCGCAGACGAGCACGACGGCGGCCAACCAAACCUCGACUGACGGCUACCGCCCCUCCGCCGCCCUCACCGCCGCCCACCAGAUCUACGCCUGGGACCGGCCCGCGUCCGACGCCGCGUACAUCAACGCGACGACGCUGUGGACCAACUGCAUCGAGCAGUGCAACGGCCUGUCGGGCUGCAAAUCCGCCUUCCUCGCCUACGACGUGCCCGCCGAGUCGCACUACGGCGCUCCCGGCGGCGCCCUGGGUAUCGGCUGCCGCAUGUACGAUGUCGUUGUGGCGGCUGCGGAUUUCGAGAUCAUUACCAAUGGGUCGUACGUGAGGCCCGUGGCGGGCGUGAUUGGGGGUGAGGGGUGUGCGAAAUGA